AUGAGAAAGCCUUGUGAAGUUGAAUUAGUUCUUUAAUUAGAAUUUUAUUAUUUAAAAGAUUUGGAAAAAGUUUUGAAAAAUGAAAAAGAUUAUAAAGGAAAUGAUGGAGAUAAUUAUGAAUUUUUAUAUAAUAGGAUAUAAAUUGUAAAUAAUUAAUUAAAUUAAAAAGGAUAAAUAUUUAAUGGUUUGAGUUUAUUCUACUAAUAUUUAUUCACUCCAAACGAAAAUGGUCUUUCGGAUUAAACAAUUGGUGUUGAUAAAGAUUAUCUAAAGCUAUACGAGAAGAGACAAGAGGAAAAUAAAAAGAAACUAAUCAAUAUAGAAAUCGGAUGCAUUACAAAAGGUCUUAUUCAUAACUUUUUCUUCUUCAUAAAAUUGCUUUGCUUCAUUUUUAUGAUUAUAACUCUUGUUUUAGUAAUUUUGCAAUAUUUUAAUUUCCAAGUUAAAAACGAGCAAGCAUUUAAUUACAUGAAAAAAUAUUCUAACAUCAUAUUUGUUAUUCUAUUUGACUUUGAAUGCAAUUCAAUCUAGCUACUAAAAUCAUAUCGUAAUUCACUUAAGAGAUUAACAUAACUAUUAAUUUAUGACAGAAGUGAAGAAAAUAGAUAAAAUUAUGAUAUUUCUAGUUAUGAAUUGCCUUGCAUCAACUUAUUCAGCCUGAAAUCUAUUAACACAUGGUACAAUUUGAGAAAAUUAACUUUUUAGUAAAAUAUAGCCAAUAAAAACAUUAUCAUGCUUCACUGUCUUUUAGAAUUUACAACAACUUUAACACUUAUCAUUUUAUUUUGGCCUACUUUGUAUUCUUUUUAUACUGUGCAAACUGAAUGUGAAGGCUAAUCUCUAUCAUCAACAAAUUUAGUUGUCCUAAUUAUAUUAUUUUAUAGAAUCAUCAUAAAGUCCCUUUAUGAGGUUGUUUCAUUUUUCUGUGAAAUUAAUUCAUCUUAUUAUGAACACCUAUAAAUCUUAUAAGAUAUUACCUCAGCUUUAAAAUAAACUCUUGAUAAGUAUUCUAAGUUAGAACAAAAUUAUAAAAAUGGUACAGAUUAAAUUAAUAAUGAUGAAAUAGAUUAAAAUCAUCCAACAAUUUUAUACUUUUAAUUUGAAGCAGUUAAACAAAUAAAAAAAAUUCUUAAGUAUAAGGAACAUAAAAUUAUAUUAGAUCAAUUAGAAUAUCAAUUAAUAGAUUUAAAAUAAAAAAGCCAAUUUGACUCUAAUUAACGUUACAAUCUCAAUUUCAAUAGAAGAAUUGAUUUAAGAAUUAAAGAAGAUUAUGUAAUUAUGAAGUAUGAAGAUAUAAAAUGGAAUCUAAAUUAAAUAAAAUCGAUAUUCGAGCAAUAAGGAAGAUAUGUAAACAAUUAUAGUAACUAAUCAGAUUAAUAAAAUUUAUAAUAGGAAAAGAAAUAUCUAAAAUAACUAAUAUAGUAAUAUGAAAUUAUCAUAAAAGACCUAGAAGAGCAUUAAAAAGAAAAUUAGCUUUACUUUUUAAAUAUAAUACCUAUAAAUAAAGACCAAUUAUCUGGUUUUAUUUGGAUAUUUGUGCCUUUGUUGCUAUCAGUCUUACUUAAGCUCUUUAAAAAAGGUAAUUUUUCUUUUAUCAAGGAUGUAGUUGAUGAAAUUUGGAGAAAUUUAACUUGA